AUGGAACAUCAUAAGGUUCUUUGGUGGUCAAUUCUUUCCAAUGCUCUACCAGUUCGAUCUGUGAUCAAGAAACGGUUUCAUAUUAAAGAUGCUAGUUGCUUUUUGUGUGGGAUGGGGGAGGAAACUUUAGAACAAUUAUUUCUCUCUUGUGACGUGGCACUUCAUGUUUGGAGGGCCUCCCCUUGGGGUAUUUAUCCUGUUUGUGAUACUGGUAUUCGUAUGUGGGAUUGGAUCAAAUUCAUCUGGAAUCUCAAACACAGGGAAAUUGAUACUCAUGAGGUUUUCCUUUAUGCUUUGAUUGUUGUUGACUCUCUAUGGCGUACCCAAAAUGAAAAGGUUUAUAAUAAUCGUCAUGUUGAUAUGAAUAAGUGUAUUGAUAAUAUUUGUAAUUCUUUUGCAGAUUUACAUGCUUCUCUUUUUGCUUCCCCUGCUUUAUGUUGGAAGGAUGUCUGGUCUCCUCCUCCUAUGGAUUGGAUCAAAUUGAAUUGCGAUGUUAAAGUGGAGCUUCAAAGCAUGUGUAUAGCUGUAGUUGCUAGAGACUACCUUAGUAGGGUGGUCGGGGCUCACACUUCUCUUUUGGAUUUCUCUGAUGCGCUUUGCGGAGAAGCGACGACUUGUUGUUUGGCGGUUUCGGUUGCCAUGGACUUGGGCUACAAGUUUGUUAUUGUAGAGAGCGACUCGAGGGUAGUUAUCAAUGCUCUUAAUGGGAUGGAUUCUCAAUGGACUUUAGAAAAUUAUGUCUCAUUUUGUAAUAGUUACUCUUCUCGGUUUUCUAGUUAUAAGAUGACUGGAAACAAAACACAACACGUGGAAGCGACCCUAGCGAGUAUCCACACUAGAAAUCUAUGGCCUGAGAUUGAGCUACUUGUUCCUUUAUCUCCUCCAUUUUAG